UCUAGUGGCAACACGUGCAGGCCGCAUAUUCAAUAUACACAGCUCACUUAUUUUUCGCAAAUAAAAGUUGAAUUAGCCGGAGCAUGGUGACGCGCAAGAAGCCAACCAAGCGCUGCGCGGAGGCGGUGGCUAUCGAGGAGGAGGAGGCGACCCAGCCGAAGGUGUCCAAGGAGGAGCUGGUGGUCGCCCAGGAGGUGAAAAUCGUGCGUGCCCUCGCUGGCAACGAUGUGGCCCAGCGGAAUCGCCAGAUCCGCAAGCUGCGCAAGUGGUUCAAGCUGCGGGCCAGCAGCUCCUUCCCCUUCACCGAGGAGGACUUCAUGCGCAUCUGGAAGGGGCUGUACUACAACAUGUGGAUGUCGGACAAGCCGUUGGUGCAGGAGGAGCUGGCCGAGCAGCUGGCCCAGAUGGUGGACAGCUUCGGUGGGAACACGGCCUGCAGUCUGGCCUACUUUAGUGCGUUCAUGCGCACCAUGUGCCAGGAGUUCUUCGGCAUCGACCAGUGGCGCAUGGACAAGUUCCUGAUGCUCACUCGCCGCAUGGUGCGCUAUGUCCUGCGUUUGCUCAAGCAGAGCAAGUGGUCGCCGGACCUGAUCGCCGCCUUCAACAAGAGCAUGCAGCUGUCCGUGCUGUCGGAGCAGCCCAAGAGUCGCGGCAUGACUAUGCACUACUUGGACGUCUUCUUCGAGGAGCUGGCCAAGGCGGCCGAUGGCGAGAUUAGCGCCGCCCAGGUGAAUCUGUUCUUGCGCCCGUUCGUCACCUACCUGGCCACGCAGCGCGAUGCCAAGCUGGUGGCCCAGUGUCGCACUAGGGUGCUCUAUCACCUGCUCUACCAGAGCGACUUGGGACGCGAGUACAGCGAAAAGUACAAUGCCUGGAAGCUGAUGGGCUUCCCCACCGCCUCCAUCGAUGAUAUUGAGAAACUGGACUCGGGCUUUGACGAGGAGGACGACGAGGGCAAUGCCGAGGAGGAGCCGCCGCGCCCCACAUCCCUGGAUCCCCGUGCAGGGGACGUUGAUGUUCACAUGCCCGAGCUGCCGCUCAACGCCGAUUGUGUCCUGGACGAGCUGCAGACACUGCUGCGCACCAACGAAUUCAACAGCAAGCGCCGCAAGGGCCUGCGCAAGCUAAUCCAGAUCUUUGAGACCUACAAGGGCGGGGAGUUUCCGCUGGGUGUGCGCACCAUGCCAAAGGUGGAGGGACAAACACUGUCGGAGAUGGUGGAGCAGAAGGUGGCCGCCAUCGAGGUGAUGGAGGACGAGGUUUUCGGCACUGGCAGGAAGCUCAAGAAGCUCAACAAGUCCAAGCGCAAGCGCCUGUUGCAGUCCAUCAACUUUGAGGAGGUGGACGAGGACAACUACGACGAGAUCAUUGGCAAGGCUCUGCCCCCGGAGCUGCAGAAGAAGGUCAAACACAAUGCCAAAGUACGUUCCAGCAUCAACAACGCCUGGGUGGUCACUGACGCUGAUGCAACUGCGGAGAACAAGGACGAGAAGGUAGCCCAGCCCAAGGCAAAGAAAGCAAAGAAGGAGGAAACGUCCAAACCGAAAAAGGAUGACCAGCCUAAGGUGAAAAAGGAAGGCCAACUUAAGGCCAAGAAGGAACAGUCCAAGGUGCAGAAGGAAGAGCAGUCCAAAGCCAAGAAAGAAGACAAAUCCAAGCCCAAGGAGGAACAGCAGUCCAAGCCCAAGAAGGAGGAGCAGUCCAAGGCAAAGUCUACACCCAAAACCGAGACUGCUGUUGGCGAUGAAGCCACCAGCGCCACACCGCAAGCAGCCAACGGCUGGGAUGACCCUCUGAAGCCCGGAGAAGAGGAGAUUUUCGUUCCCUCGCGCAAACAACAAAUGAAGCAGGCUAACAGCAAGCUGCAGAAGUCCACAUCCAAGCAGGUCCCUCGUCUGCAGUUCUCCACUCCUCAGCCAGUCGGCGCCAAGCGUGUGAGGAUCAUGACUAAGAGCAACUGUUUCUAUCCCAAGAACGACUACUACCGCCAGCUGAAGCUGUACCCGCAGCUGCCCUACGACGCGGAUCGCCAGCCCGGCAAGAGUGCCCUCAAGCCCCACGUGCUACCGGGUCCGAUUCAUCCUAACUUCAAGGGGGCGAGCAAGAGCCUUUUUAACGAAACCCUGUGACGUUGCGUCCAGUGGCUGCGACUGGGAUCGGGACAGGAGCAGGAAGGUUAACGUGGACUUGGUGCUCUAAUGGUAUAACCCAACAAGGACUGCACUCCGGCUCUCCUUACACAUCAAAAACCAUCCCACUUCCUGACAUUGCUUUGGAGAUUAAGAUAGCACAUCCACCAUAGACAUGUCUUAUGCUGGUUUUACAAUACGUCUACAUAUAAAUACACUAAAGCUUCCAUGAGAUAAUUUGCUAUUUUAACAUGUUAAAAAACCUUUUGAGCUGUGCUUUAAAAAUUUCAAUUUUCCGGAGCAAUUGAAAUUUUUAUUGUAUUACAAGUUGCUCUGACUAAUCAACUUAUUAGGUUUUUAAUCCUCCACUUCAAUAAAACCCCCAUAAGACAUGUACUAAAUGUAACCCCUUAAACUUCUAGUAGUUACAAUUACGACUUAAUGUACUAUUGCUUGUAGGCCAUUUUAUGUUCAAGCUAUCUAUUGAGUUGAUACUGAAAUAAAAGCAAACGUAGUAUAUGUAAUAUGAAAUACAAAA